CACUAUUUAUCCUUCCCCUCCUCCCACUCCAUUGGCCAACUUAUCCCUUAUGCAGAGCUUCAGUCCCGUUUGCUUGAGAAUUCAUUCCUAAGAGACCCGUAGAAGAAUUGAAUCUCCUUACCUUACCUGUGACAAACUCUGGAAGACAGAGAAUAUGGGCAGAUCUCCCUGCUGUGAGAAAAUUGGCUUGAAGAAGGGGCCAUGGACGUCAGAGGAGGACCAAAAGUUACUUUCCUACAUUGAAGAGCAUGGCCAUGGAAGCUGGAGAGCAUUGCCAGCCAAAGCUGGCCUUCAAAGAUGUGGGAAGAGCUGCAGGUUAAGGUGGACAAACUACCUCAGACCAGAUAUCAAGAGGGGGAAGUUUAGUAUGCAGGAGGAACAAACCAUCAUCCAGCUUCAUGCUCUGCUUGGUAACAGGUGGUCUGCAAUUGCAACGCACCUUCCCAAGAGAACUGACAAUGAGAUCAAGAACUACUGGAACACACACUUAAAGAAGCAGCUAGCAAAGUUGGGGAUCGACCCAGUGACACAUAAAUCCAAGUGCGAUGGUCUUGCGGCUGCAGAUGGUCACGCGCGGAGCACUGCUAAUCUCAACCACAUGGCCCAGUGGGAAAGCGCCCGCCUUGAGGCAGAGGCUCGCCUUGUGCGUGAGUCCAAGCUCCGCAGCAGUGCUCCUCCUCCUACUUUCCCUCAGCAGCAUCUACCUUCACCACCAGCUCCUGUCACCAUGACUACAGUAGCAUCUCCCUCACUGGACGUGCUGCAAGCUUGGCAUGGUGUGUGGCCCAACCCUGCAGAUAAUAGCCAAGCUGGAAGCCAAAGCAUUGAUCUUGAAUCGCCAACCUCCACCCUUAGCUUCUCAGAGAACUUUUUUCCACUAAGAAUACAAGGCGUGGGGAGUAAUAAUGACAGCAAUGGAGAGAAGUCAGGCUUCUUACUGGACACAGCAGAAGCUUUUGCUGAUGCAGAAGCGAAUUCAUGGCUUGGUCGAUCUUGCGCUGGUGGAUUUCAGGCUCAUUAUACUGGAAUGCCAAUGGGUAACACAAAUAAGAAGAAUUCAACAGAAAGUUGUGAUGAUUCAGAUAAUGCAGGUGGCAGUUGUGUGGAUGUGGAAGGAGGUGAGGGGGAAGGGGAGGAGAACAAGAGCUACUGGAGCAGUAUACUGAACUUGGUCAAUUCUUCAUCUCCCUCAAAUUCGCCGCCGGCUGUGUUCUAGUAAUUGAACUAUGGUAACUAUGUUCUAAGGUAUGCUUCACCAAGAUCAUUACUAUAUGAUUUUGAUUCUACUUGAAGACUACUUUUUUUUUUCAGUAUCUGUAAUUUCCGUUGAAGAAGAUUGUUCAGUGUGACAGCUAGCUGACUUGAAUCAUAGCCAGCUUCGAGUUCAUCUUGAAAAGAAGAGAUUUUGCUGAAGCUCGUUCAACUGUGAAGAAUUAUACAGAUGUGUUAUUACGGAUAGUCAUGAUAAUAAUAAUUGCAGUAAUAUUACUGCUAUGAUAUGUAUUUAAUUAGCUUGGGCAGCAACUUUUCUCUUCCGAACAUUUAUUUAUUCAAUGCGUGCAAUACUGCAUAUAAUUAAUGAGGGAAGAUUUGACCGGACUACUUAGUUAUUUGUCACUUUCGCCAUUUUCUUGCAGAGCCCAACACAAUUGGAAACUAAUGGAUGACUUAAAAAGGGAGAUUUUUUCCACUAGUACGUUUGGUUUUCUUCCGAAAGUGCAGUAGUUAUAGAGUAGAGUUAUGAGUGAGGGCAUAUUUGUUGACCGUCAAAAAAAAAUUAA